AUGGAUGAAUAUAAGUUGUAUAUACAAUAUCCAAACCAAGUUACUAAGAUUUUGAUAUUAUAUGAUGAAGAUUAUCCCUCCUUUGAAGUUGAAAAGAAUGAAGAUAAUAGGACGUUCUACAAAUUCGAAUAUAAGAAUAAAGUGUUGGAUGAGGCCAAAGGUUUCUAUACCAGCAAAGUAUCAGAUAGCAACUUCUUUGAUAACUCUUGGAAAAAUUAUUAUAGUUCUGCUAUAUAUUUGUCACAUAUGGAAGAAUUACUAUCAAACAAACCGACCUUAAGAAAGAGCCCCUGGAACUAA